AUGGCUUCAACCAUAGACAAACGUGUGCUUCUCAACAAUCAACAGUAUGUUGAUAAAUUUAGAGGUGAUGGUCUUGAUAUACAUCCAGCCUCCAAGGUCGUGAUUGUGACUUGCAUGGAUUGUCGAAUUGAUCCUAUUUCCUUUUGUGGCUUUAAACUCGGCGAAGCUACGAUUAUUCGAAAUGCUGGCGCCUAUGCUGGAGAGGCGGCUCGCUCAGCGCUUUUGACAACCCAUAUCCUCGGUGCCGAGGAUAUUUACAUUAUCAAGCACACCAAGUGCGGUCUUCUGGGUGUUGACGCGAAUGUCGCCCGUCACGCUAUCAAGCAAAAUCUCGGGAUUACGGAGUCAAAAGAUGUCGACGCAUUUGAGGUGUUCCCUAUCACUGAUUUGGACAAAUCUGCCGCGGAGGAUGUGGAAUUCUUUCGAAACCAUCCACUGAUGAUGCCUAAAAUUCGAGUGACUGGGUGGGUUUAUGACACGGACUCUGGUACCUUGAAGCAGAUUGUUUCUUGA